CUCUUUUUUCCAAACGGACAUUUUACUUCACUUUCAUCUAGCUCAGCUCAAACAUUCUGCAAUGAACCGAUCAAUGUCUAUAUCAGCUUCAAUUCCCAAUGAUAUUGCCCUCAAAAUAGCUUCUUCUCUUCAGGUAGGUGAUCUUUGCUCGUUGGGAAGUUGCUCUCGGUUUUGGUGGUGGCUGUGUGGGUCAAAUCAUUUAUGGGCUUCUCUUUGUAAACAAAGAUGGCCUGCUCUUGCUCUCCAGAUUGAGUCUUCAUCUUAUAACAACCGCAACCAUCAGGAAUGGAGAGUGUUUUAUAUUAGGAAGCACCAUGAGAUGGCAGGAAAAGCAGGAGGCGUAAUUGAUUUUGUCAAUCGCUGUUUGGCAUUUGAGUCGAUUGAGGUUGGGCAUUAUCUGAAAGCAGUUGGAGAACUGGAUUCGAUGCAGUUUGGGUUUGAAGAUGUCCAGACAUUCUUUCUUAAAUCCAAGCAUGAUGUGCUGCUCAACUUGAUUGGUUUGCACUACUGCCUUAUCUGGCUUGGUUUGCCGGGCGAAUGUGUCCUGGAAAUCCUAAAUAACAGCAAUAUUUCACAAAGGCAAGUACGUGUACAAUGGUGGAAGCUUGGGAGGUGGUUUUAUGGCUUUCGCAUGCGUGAUGAAUUACGCACACGUACAGUCUCUUUAGAAGAUCUUGCAACAGCGAAGGAGGAAGAUGUUCUUGGGGUACUUCAGCGAGGUGCGAUACAUGAGGUGAUACGAGUUCAGAUCUCAGCAGUUAAACCUGCCUAUGUAUCCUGGUCAUUCCAGAGCACACAAGACGCAAACUAGUAAAAUAUUAUUACCUAUCAUGUGUACAUCAGUUGUAAAUAUUUCACCUAACCUCCGGUUUAAGACAAGAAUAAAUGUGAACUCUCAUGAAGCUUACUUACAAUGUAUCCUUUUAUCUUCAUGUUGUAAAUAAUGAAAGCUCCUAGGGAAAGGAAGCAUGUAGUUACUGUAAAUUUGAUGAUUAUCACUUGAAAAAAAGCUGCAAUCCUACGUUGUUUGUAUUCUUCCACUCAGUAGUAGUUGAUCUUGUGUUUGUUUCUGUU